AUGGAGACCGUCAGCUGGUUACAAGGAGACGACCCUCUCCCAGCCCUGCUGCCCCAGUGCAAAGGGGACGGCGUGAACCGAGAGGUCCGUGCUGCUGUCGCCUCCGAAGGGAGGAGGACCUGGGCUAUUGCAGGCUUUGUGGGCAGCGGGUGCCUGCCCCACGGCGAGAGCUCGCUGAGCCGCCUGCUGUGCGCCCUGCUGGCCGCCCGCAGCAGCCUGGAGCUCUGCCUCUUCGCCUUCUCCAGCCCGCAGCUGGGCCGCGCCGUGCAGCUGCUGCACCAGCGCGGGGUGCGGGUGCGCGUCAUCACCGACUGUGACUACAUGGCCCUCAACGGCUCGCAGAUCGGCCUGCUCCGCAAGGCAGGUAUUCAGGUUCGGCAUGACCAGGACCUGGGCUACAUGCAUCACAAGUUUGCAGUCGUGGACAGGAAGGUGCUGAUCACCGGCUCUCUCAACUGGACCACGCAAGCCAUCCAGAACAAUCGAGAAAACGUUUUGAUUCUGGAGGAUGAAGAGUAUGUGAGGCUUUUUCUGGAAGAAUUUGAGCGUAUCUGGGAAGAGUUUAACCCUACCAAGUACACCUUUUUCCCACAAGAGAAGAGAAGUCACUGAGCUGUGCUCUCCGCUCUUCUUCAGAG